GCUUCACCCUGCAUCCAAAUGAUGUUGCUAACGUUGUAAUGAUUCCUUAAAAAGACGGAAAAGUGGAUGACAUGGACAAACCAACGUCUAUAAGGCCAGCGUUAGAACUCGUGUCUUCUUAACCUCAACCACCUCCGCUUCCGGUCAAGCUCAGUCCACUUUCGAUGCAUCACGCCACACACUCCGCCGCCGAGAUCUCUCCGGAGACGAGGCCCGCCGGGAACGACGCUGCUGCUGCUGCUGGGCCCAGGCAGCCCACGAUCAAGAUCAACGUUUGGCACGGUACCUGUCACCACGAGCUCCACCGCCCGGCCCAAUCAACUUUCGGGGAUGUUAAGAAACUGCUUGUCAAUAGAACUGGUUUAGAGCCUGAAGAGCAGCGACUUUUCUUCAGAGGGAUAGAAAAGGGUGAUGAUGAGCAAUUGCACCUCGAAGGUGUAAAGGACAAGUCAAAGAUAUUGCUUUUGGAGGGCACUGCUAGCAAAGAAAGGAAACUUGAGGAAACCAGAAAACAAAAUGAGAUGUCUAAAGCUUUUGAGGCUAUUGCUGGUGUCAGAGCUGAGGUGGACAAGCUCUCAAAUAGGGUGACUGCCAUAGAAGUAGCUAUCAAUGGUGGGAACAAAGCUUCCGAGAAAGAGUUUCUUGUGUUGACAGAGUUGCUUAUGAGUCAAUUGCUGAAACUGGAUGGUAUUGAGGCUGAAGGUGAAGCGAAGUUGCAGAGAAAAGCUGAGGUGAAUCGUGUGCAGAACCUUGUGGAUAAAUUGGAUUCUCUAAAGGCAAGAAACUCCAAUCCAUUUAGCAACAGUGGUAAUGCUGCCACAGUAACAACCCAAUGGGAAACCUUUGACUCUGGAAUGGAAGGCUCGGAUUCCCCAUCUGAUAAGUCAUCCUCAACAAAAAUAACUCAAGAUUGGGAGCGGUUUGAUUAGCUCUGGCUCAUAUAUUGUUUUGGAAUAUUUUGAAUCACGUACAACACCACAUAGUUGCCCUUGCCCUUCAUCCUUCGUUCAAGAUUCAUUUUUUUUUGUUUGCUUUAGAGGUCUUGGUGCAACGGCAACACCAUUGCCUUGUGAUAAGAAAUAUUCUCUCCGCUCAGAGGUAAAGCUGCAUAUGUUUAAUCUCCCGGGUGCACUUAGUUUUAGGGAAAACAUGUAAACCAAACUGUAUGCUUGAAUAAUAUUAUUGCAUCUUCAGAUCUUUUUGGUUUGGUCUUCUGUUUGUAAAGUUGUUCAUAAUUUGUGCUUUUA